UCCUGGCUCACGUGCACCAAACAAAUCACAGACGGUAGAUUGACAUUUCUGCAGUCUGAUGGUUUCUGUGCAGAACAACAGAGCAGACAGGCCCUUAAAGACACCUAACGUCCUAUCAACAUCAAUAAGGCGCAAGGUGGACAACAUCUGGUGAGAAAUGGCAGAGGGAGGCUUUGACCCUUGUGAGUGCAUCUGCACCCACGAGCACGCUAUGAGGCGACUCAUCAACCUGCUCAGGCAAUCUCAGUCCUACUGCACAGACACAGGCUGCCCUCAGGAACUGCCAGCUCCCGGUGGGUCGGUGGGCGGAGGAGGGGAGCUGACCCUCCCCCUGAUUCUGAUGGGAUGGGCGGUGGUUGCUCUGCUCCUUUUCCUGUUGCGGCCUUCCAGUCUUAGGCGUUCUCGUCCCACAGGCAAAGCCUCCGGACCCCACAAUAGCGAUAGAAGAGAGCCGCCAGCACCACCUGUUGACUAACAGUGGAGAAUACAGCCCCCCCCCAGCAGCUCUGACGGAGCUGCACAGCUAGCAAGGGACCGUGACCAGGACAGUGCCCCCUCCCCUCUUAUUUAAAUAUCUUUUGCUUUUCUACCAUUUUAAAGCAGUUACAUUUUGGGGUGGAUCUGUCUAUGAUUCAUGUAACUAGAGCCCAACUGAUAGACAAUUGAUGACUCCAAUACAGUUAUGAUAUUUCUAAAUGAUCUAAGAUCUAAAAAUGUAUACCAAGUGACAAGGUGUAGAUAAAGGCAGGUAUUACAAUUUUGACCUAUAAUAUUGACCGACAAUAUCAGAAUGUUGAUAUAACCAUUGGGCUCUAUGUGUUAUUUACCUCAAGUCUUUAAUCAGAAGUUGAGGCUUUGUUCUAGGUUCCUGAUCUCAGCUCUGAUGCUGACUGAUCUGCAGUCGCAUGAACUCUAAAUGAAGGAACAUGUGUUGGUGGAUAUGAGAGGGGAGGUUACGUUUUGGUUGAAAUGCUUGCUGAGUAAUAGAAGGUUGCGGGUUUUCUGAAACAUUCCUCUCUUUCCCCUUUCAAGUUACUAGUCCAAACGGUGCUAGUUAUGAUGUCAUGUUGACUAAUGUUAUUAAAGCAUAUUCAAAACGGCAAUAUUAUUCAAUGGAAUAAGUUCAUAUGGAUGCAUUGAAUUCAGAAUUAGGUUUACAGUUAUAUGGCAUAUUGAUUUAAAUGCAACAAAAUCAUCUUCUAUGUUUACAUCCAAGCCUUAGUUAUAUAAUGUAUUACAGAAAAUAGUCUGGUCUGUUACAUUAACUUAAUUUCCAUAAAAAUGUAUGACCAUUGAUUACUGUCCCUAAACAAGUGUAUAAGACAGCAGUGCUGGAUCUUAAAGAGUCUGAUUAAGAAGAUAAAACUCAAGUCAAACUUAUGACACGUAGUUGAAAUGAACUGAAUUGUAGGCGUACAGUUGGGGUGUAUUGAAUGGAAUCAUUGUAAAACUAUUUACUCAGCACAAACAUUUUAAUCCCUGUACUGUAAUUAUUCUGUGGCUGAAAGAUACAAAAACGGAAUUGUGUACUUGAAUAAUGGUAGCAGAAAAUUAUAUUUUAUUAGCACUUUUGUUGUGGUAUGUUUCCUUAUGAAGGUGUGUACUGAUUCAGGUUUUGUUUUCUCACCGGGAAAUGUAAUGGGAACAAUUUUAAGUUUAUUCUACAACUUCUGUAUGACGAUGAUUUCAAACCAAGUUAAAAAGAAGGAAGCAAGGGCCAAUUUGAAUAUUAAGAGUGGAUUCCAAUUUAGAAAAAAAAACUGCUCUUGUGAAAGAACAGCAAUAUUUGAUUUUUAAUUUUAAAUGUUAGUUCAGAGGGAUUUUCUGUCAUAAUAUAUGAUAAUAUAACAAUGUUUUUUUUCUUACAGGAUUUGUUAAUUUUUCUUGAACCAGAGCUCUACUAUAAUAGUCAUGUUAUACAUUCUGUCAGCUAGAUUAAAGGUGAAUAUGUAUCUAAAUCAGAACAAUAUGGUGGUGGAUGUUUUCUUAACAUGUAUGUAAAGGUGGGUGAAAAUGUAUAACCUAAUACAACUGCACGACAAACUGCAGCCUCAAAUAAUUUCCCUUCUUUGAUUGAUAAAAAAUAUGAACAUUACAAUUGGUGGAUUUUGUAUGUAAUAUAUCUUCUAUUAGCUAUUGGAUUGUAAAAUAUAUGCUUAAGGGUUUCCUGUUUUGCUGGUCACUGACUAUCUGUGUCAUGCCACUGUCAUGGCAACAUGGCUAUUAAAGUGUAAAUGGGCAGUGGAUUAUUAUCUUGGGUCCCAGUGAUAUCAGAAAAUGACAUCGAGUUACUCUUAAAAUUAAAAUGUAUUUCUUGUUACAUUGUGUAUACAUUUUAAGAACAUGGAUAUGAUCUGUAAAAACAUUUUUAGGUGGCUAGAUACUCCUAAUUCCCAUCAGCCAAUAAUGCCCUCUUAAGACACUGGUGAUUGAAAGUAGAGGUGAAGAUAGAAACCUCAAGCAGUUGUAUAUAAUUAAGGGAGAAGCCAUGCUAGAUAGUUGAGAUUACCUAGUGAACUAUCUACCACAGGAGACCUUGAGUUACACUGUUUUUGUCUGAGAGAAAAAAGGGCUUCAACUAUGCACUUUUCCCAUAACAAAAUAAAAAAAAUUAUUCAGUCUUA